AUGAUUAACCUACUGGAAGCAAGUGCGAAGGACUUUGCCAGAGCACUUACCUCUACCUUCGGCGGUCCCCAAGUCACCAUCCGCGUGAAAUCCAGUGAUAAUGAAUAUCAGGUUUCGAAGGGUGUUAUAUGCCAAGCGCCCUAUUUCUCGAAGAUGUUCAACGGUCCAUUCUCCGAAGGCCAGACCCAGACCGCCGUGCUUGAAGACAUCGAAGGUGUUGUCUCAGAGCAAAGCCUCGAGGCGUUAAUUCAGUGGCUUUACAUGGGCCAAGUCAAGUUUCACAUGACGUAUCCGGAAGACCAUGGGCUGCAAAUCUCGGCUGCUAUCGAAUUCGCGAGAUUUGCCGACAUGUGUGGUGUGACUGGCCUGGAAACCGCGAUGGCAGAGCAAAUGGAGAAGAUCAUUCUCACCAACAAGGGUGAGUGGGACUGUUGUGUCGAUAGCAACAUCGAAUGUCUUUCGGCAGAACACAUCUCUUCCGCGGAGUACUUGAUCACGGGACAUCUCGUGCGCCGUGUGCUAGCCAAAGCCACAGUUGACGGAUUUCUUCGCUGUCGAAAUCACAAGUUUGCUUCUGAAACCCUUUCCUGUCCCAGGUUUUCAACCGACCUCCUUCAUGAAGUGGGAAAAGUCUUGGAGGGUCUGCAAGACGUAGACGGGUCUGUUCGCUUUCGGGAUCCCUUGACCGGAGAUUGGUUUAAGUUCAACGAUCUUUUUGGGUUGCGCCAUCAGAAGAUAGCGGGAUGCUAUGAUAAAUCUCUUCUUGGAAGUGAGGAUUGA